CCGCUGUAAUUUCGUAUCCAUGCCGCACGCUGCGGUGGCCGCAAAUCGGAGUUCAAAAGGCCCGGGAGCGGGGAGACCCGCUCGACCUCCUCUCCUCUUCCCCAUUCCUUCUACCACCAUCUCUCUCUCGGCCAUAUAUAAGGUGCAAUCUCGACCCCUUCCACCACCCUAGCGCCUUACCUCCUUCUCCACGCCAAGGAUACGCACAAUCAUUCGUUCCACGCAGCGGCGGCGUCAAAGGUGCGAUGGAGCGCCGGCCGGAGCUGCGGCGGUCGAUGACGCUCUCGGAGCAGCUGUCCACGCCCGACCCGGCCAUCCGCGACUUCCUCAGGAUCCCCGCCGACAACAGCCACCUGAGCGCUGACGCCGGUCGCACCGCGGCGGACGGUGGAGGUAGUGGCGGCAUGGUCAACUGGAAGCCGCUGCGCGACCGUCUCCGGCUCCGCCGCUCCGUGAACGCCUGGUCCAGUCCGUCGGAGAAGCCCAGCACGACGGACAGCGCCGGUAGCCUGAAGAACAGCGGCAGCGGCAGCCACCGCAGCAACAAGUACAUCUACGCGCAAGGUGAGGCCACGGCGGCCUUCUCCCGCACCUCCUCCCUCCGCCAGACUCCCACAUUCUCGCGCGCGGCCUCCACUCGGGUCUGUUCCGCAGCCACGAUCGGACGCGCCGACCGCUCUGCCACCGUGGUCGACGACGAGGGUUCCGAGGACGAGUCAGAGCACGACGAGGACGAGGAGGAAGGCAAGGAGGAGGCGCCGGCGGCGCAGAUGUCCCUGAUGGCGCUGCUGGAGCAGACGGACAGCUGGGACGAGGACGAGGACGAGGACGAGGGCGCAGGCGGCGGGGCCAGCAAGAACGCGCACGCCGACGACGACGAGGACGACGGCGAGGGGCGCGAGGAGGAGAUGGUGCACGUGUGCUGCGUGUGCAUGGUGCGGCACAAGGGCGCCGCCUUCAUCCCGUGCGGCCACACAUUCUGCCGCCUCUGCUCCCGCGAGCUCUGGGUCAGCCGCGGCAACUGCCCGCUCUGCAACGGCUUCAUCCAGGAGAUCCUCGACAUCUUCUGAUCAAACCAGCAUCGUCUUCCUAUCUAUCCGUCAGACUCUUGAUUCCUCGGAGCAAUUGCCCGAAAUCAUUCACGCGUCCGCGAGUACCACGGUUGAUGGCGAGUGAGCGGCCAACGCGCCACCCCGCUCUGAAACUGAGACCCGUAUCAUAUCAUAGGUAAAUUGGUCAUCAGUCAGUUCGAUGACGCUCUGCCUGCGAUUUAUUUCUCGAAUGUGAUUAACUGUAUCAAGUGUACUUAGUAAUGUUCUGGAAUAAGAAUGGGAUACCUGCAAUGAUA